GCCGCGUGACGCUCGGGCGGUUGCGGAGUGCCGCGCUCUUUGGAUCACCGCGAAUAGCAAGAUGGGCUUCAAGGUUGCCGUGAUCUACUACAGUCGCCGCGGGCGUCUCGUGACCCUCGCGAACGUGAUCGCCGAGGGCGUGCGUCAGGUCGAAGGCGCGGAGGUGACCGUGUACCGCAUCAGAGAUCCCGUUCUGGGCGAUGCGCCCGGUACGUUCGACGAGGGUGUCCUGGACGCGCCCGUUGCAACGCCGGAGGUCAUCAUGCAGAGCGACUGCGUGAUCAUCGGCGGGCCCGGCAGGCAGGGCCGCAUGUGUGCGGAGGUUAGCUACUUCUUCGACUCCCUCACGGAGUUUCAGACGAACGGAUGCCUGCUCAAGGGCAAGGUUGGUUCGGCAUUCACGUCCGUGGGGGGCGUGGGGCGCGGCUACGGCGGCCACGAGGCCAUCCUUCAGUCGUUCCACGGAUUCUUCCUCCAGCACGGCAUGAUCCCGGUGGGGGUGCCGCCUAGCUCGGUCAUGGAGGAUGCGCACAUGGCGAGCCCGUUCGGGGUGUGCAUGACGGGCAGGCCGAAGCUGGACAAGGCGGGUAGCAGGCUGAGGUCCCUGUCGGAGUCGGAGGUGAAACUGGCGUAUUCCCAGGGCGAGUGGGCCUCCAUCAUCACCAAGCAGCUUCACGACGACGGCGACUGAGAUUAGCGUCGACCGUGUCGAGAAAGACUGCAACAAGGCACGGGGGCAUGCGGGGAAUCGAUUAUUCAUGAGACGAUGGCGCGCGCUGAGAGCACGCUUUGUAAGCAACAGAGGGGAGAUAUCGCCG